AUGGCAGCCAAGUCAGUUCUGCCUAGGAGGGCCAACCCAACUGAGUUGAAAGCCAUUUUUGAAAAGUAUGCCAGCGUCAAGAAGAAUGACGAGCGCUUCAUGUCACCACAGGACUUUGUGAGCCGUUUUCUCCAUGCCCACACAGACACACAGCUGUCGGACGAGGCCACGAAGCUGCUGGCUGGAGUGGUGGAUCAGAAGAAAGAUGGGUUGAUAUCCUUUCAGGAGUUUGUCGCGUUCGAGACGGUGCUGUGCGCCCCAGACUCCCUCUUCAUGGUUGCCUUCCUGCUGUUUGAUAAAGCAGGCAGUGGAAUGACCACCUUUGAGGAUGUGAAGCAGGUCUUCAGCCAGACCACCAUCCACCAGCACAUCCCCUUUAGCUGGGACUGUGAGUUCAUACGGCUGCACUUCGGCUCACAGAGGGACAAGCAGCUCAACUACGGAGAGUUCACCCAGUUUCUCCCGGAGAUGCAGCUGGAACAUGCACGGCAGGCUUUUAUCCAGCGGGACCAAGCCCACAGUGGAUCCAUCUCAGCCCUGGACUUCAGGGACAUCAUGGUCACCAUCCGGCCGCACAUGCUCACAUCUUUCGUGGAGGAAUGCCUCGUGGCGGUUGCGGGUGGCAGCACAACUCACCAGGUCAGCUUUUCAUACUUCAACGGCUUCAACUCGCUUCUCAACAACAUGGAGCUGAUAAGAAAGAUCUACAGCACUCUGUCUGGCCACCGCCGAGAUGUGGAAGUCACCAAAGAGGAGUUCAUUGUGGCAGCUCAGAGGUUUGGUCAGGUGACACCCAUGGAGGUCGACAUCCUCUUUCAGCUGGCUGACCUGUCAGAGCCCCGUGGACGUGUUGGUUUAGUGGACAUUGAGCAGAUUGCUCCGCUGGAGGAAGGCGCCCUUCCCUACAACUUGGCUGAGGUCCAGAGACAGCAGUUGGGCAGUGACGUCUCCCGCCCCGUCCUCGUCCAGGUGGCAGAGUCAGCCUACAGGUUCACCCUUGGCUCAGUGGCAGGGGCCGUGGGAGCCACAACAGUGUACCCCAUCGAUCUGGUGAAGACGCGCAUGCAAAACCAGAGGACCACUGGCUCCCUGGUGGGAGAGCUCAUGUACAAGAACAGCUUUGACUGUUUCAAGAAGGUGAUGCGCUACGAGGGUGUUUUUGGCCUUUACAGAGGUCUUGUACCACAGCUACUGGGUGUGGCGCCCGAGAAAGCCAUAAAGCUCACAGUGAAUGAUUUUGUGCGAGGAAAGACCAGACAGAAAGAUGGAAAAGUCCCGUUGCCGGCUGAGAUCCUGGCCGGUGGAUGUGCUGGUGGCUCCCAGGUGAUCUUCACCAACCCUCUGGAGAUUGUAAAGAUCCGUCUGCAGGUGGCAGGAGAGAUCACAACGGGGCCGAGGGUCAGCGCCCUGUCCGUCAUCAGGGACCUAGGCUUCUUUGGACUUUACAAGGGUUCGAAGGCCUGUUUCCUGAGAGACAUCCCCUUUUCAGCCAUCUACUUUCCCUGCUACGCCCACCUCAAGGCUUACUUCAGUGAGGAGGACGGAAGGAUUGGGCCAGCCAAGAUGCUGUUUGCUGGAGCGCUGGCAGGCAUGCCAGCGGCCUCUCUUGUGACCCCAGCUGACGUGAUCAAGACCAGGCUACAGGUGGCAGCACGUGCCGGUCAAACCACCUACAGCGGCCUCGUGGACUGUUUCUGGAAGAUUCUCAGAGAAGAGGGGCCGCGGGCUUUCUGGAAAGGAGCUGGAGCUCGUGUGUUCAGAUCCUCGCCUCAGUUUGGAGUGACCUUGGUGACCUAUGAACUCCUGCAGCGCUGGUUCUAUAUCGACUUUGGAGGACAAAAGCCGGCUGGCUCAGAGCCCACUCCCAAGUCUCGGAUCAGCCUGCCGGCGCCCAACCCCGACCACAUCGGAGGCUUCAGGUUGGCCGUGGCCACGUUCGCUGGCAUUGAGAGCAAGUUUGGUCUCCAUCUCCCACGCUACACAGCAGAGGCCCCCUCCGAUGCGAGAACCCCCUGA